AUGUAAACCAAUGUGAACGCGGCCAUCGUGAUAAUAACAACGCGACACGUACGUUUUGAGAGGAUUUGGCUUAUCUGGUUAUCGCUGUCGCCGUCGCUGGCACGAAAUUCACCGGCGUCGCCAAUCCUGCGGGAGUCAAUGGGCUUCCUUACACGAAUUGGAGGCCGCUAUACGGUGACAAAAUGUGCGUCGGCCCGCUGAAGAAGAUGUGUCAUUGGGGACCGCUCUCCGCGCUCGCAACGAUAAAGAUAAUCACAUUGAUGACGAUACACUGCAGUAGACAGUGGUGGCCACCGCAAGACAGUGUUCCAGGAGCUGUCAGUUUUUUGCUGUUCUUCACUCUCAGUGGAUUGACUCUAUUUCAUUUUAUCAGUGCAAUUUUUGAAGGGCCUGGCUACCUCGCAUUAAAAUGGAUGCCAGAGAAAGCUACAGAUAUACAAUAUCUGCAAUAUUGCACUGUCUGCCAAGGAUACAAGGCACCAAGGUCACAUCAUUGCAGAAAAUGUAAUCGUUGUGUGAUGAAAAUGGAUCAUCAUUGUCCGUGGAUAAAUACAUGUGUUGGACAUUAUAAUCAUGGGCAUUUUACAGCAUUUUUGGCAAGCGCAGUUGGCGGUUGUUGCGUCUCUUCCGUUAUAUUAAUUUCCUGGGUAGCAACUGUGUUGUCACUGAAACCUUUGCCUUUUCCACCACCAGCGGUCUACACGUUAAUGUUAGCAGUAUUUAGUAUUGGUUUAUCAAUCGGCGUUGUACUUGCAGUAGGAAUGUUAUUAUAUUUCCAGAUAUUAGCUAUUGUGAGAAAUCGAACGGAAAUAGAAGAUUGGAUUCUAGAGAAAUCCCGAUAUCGGCGAGAUGAUACAGAUACCAAAUAUAUACAUCCAUAUUCAAAGGGAUGGCGUUUUAAUAUUAGCCAAGUUCUUACAUGGGAUUGCACUCCCGUUGGCGAUGGCAUUACAUGGCCUAUUAUUGAUGGCUGUGAUCAAUAUACAUUAACGAGAGAGCAGCUUGCACAAAAAUUAGACAAACGAAAAAGAGCACGCAUAUAUAGGAUUAUAAAACCUACGUCAGGUUCCAAAUUUCCAAUUGGACACGGCUGCGGGGUAUUUUUUCAUCCACUUUGUACCGAUGAACCUCGCAUUAAGUUAGAUGUAGAUGAUAUUGUGAUUGUUACACGCUGGAAGAAAUAUUGGCUCUUUGGAGAAAAACAACAGAAGGAACGAGAAGAUGCAAAAUCGAAACGUAUAAGGGGAUGGUUGCCGCGGCCCUGUGCGGUGGAAGUGGUAGAAAAAUCUGUCUGGCUUAGAUAAUUUAUUUAAGAACAAUUUAUUAAUUUUUGAAAAUUUGUGUGACAAUAUUUAUGAAGAUAUGAAAAACUGUUAAUAAUAAUUUAAAUUUUUUUUUACAGUAUAAGCUGUAAAGAAUAUGAGUUACUUAUAAUCGACGAACAUUGUAUAUUCCAUAGCCAUUUGUGUUCAAAUCGAUAUAUUUUUCGUGCAUUUACCAGAUUUACCUCAAACCAUAGAUAAGAAAUAUUUCCUACAUUAUAACACUUUUUUGUAUAAAUAAUUAAAAGAUGUAUAUAGAUUUUUACUUUGAUAUACUCCUCAUUUAUUGAGGUAAAUUCUUAACGAAAUAGCUUUAUUAUACAAUAUACAUGUAAUUAUAUACAUAUAUAUACAUAAUUUAAUAAUUAUAUAUACAUAUAUAUAAUUUAACAGUUACAUAUAAUUAUUAAAACGUGCAGAAACAUGUAUGAAUUAUUUAAUAAUAACGAAUCUUGCUUUGUGAAAAACAAUAUUCCAAUUAAAAAUGUUUUGAAUCAUGA